AUGCGUGACCAGUCCAGAGCCGAGCAGCAAGAGAGCGGCAACCAAGCACAACACCAGAAUGGCACAGAACCAGCCCAGUCUCAUCAAAUCCAUCCCCUAUAUGAAGACACAUAUAUCGUCCCUCCGUCUCAAUUGCGAAUGGAACAAGACUUUGAGUAUCGCACCAACAUCACAAUCCAGUCUCCGCAACGCAUUUGGCCGCAGGAGAUCUGGUACCAUAGUCCUGAUCACCGUGUGCUCUACCGCGUUCACUUGGUAUUGCAUGAGAAGCCGCCGCACAUCCCCCCACCACAAGACGCUGCCCCUACCCAGAACAAUGGGGGAAACAAUCACCAAGGUGGUCCCAACGGUUGUUCAGCAUGA